UACAUAUACCCUUGAAAUAUCGUUCUAAAAUACUUUUCAAAAUGUUUUUCAGAAUUACAAAACAUGUUUAAAAUCCUUGGCGGUCUGCGUCGUUUCUGGAGUUCGAGUUCGACUGUCAAAAUGGGGCUUAAUAAUUCCUCGAGCUGUAUAUCGCGGAUUUGGUUUGGGCCUCUACCCAAUGACUCUAAUUGGAUUAAACCAGGACGCCUACACUAUAUUGAAAAUGAUGUAGAAAAACAUACGGACAUUAUAAAAACUAUGGAUGGUGUGGUAGUGAUAUUGUUCAACCGAUCGCGGGACAAACUGAUAUUUGUGCGUCAGUUCAGGGGAGCGGUUUACCAGGGAAUUUAUUCUGGUCGAAAUGUAGAAAUGUCCAAGGGAGACGCUGAUCUGGAGAAGUUUCCCCCUGAAAUAGGAGUUACUCUGGAACUUUGCGGUGGAGCCGUUGACAAGGACAAAAGCGUGGCGGAAAUCGCCAAGGAGGAAGUGCUGGAGGAGUGUGGCUAUGAGGUGCCUACGGAAUCCCUGGAGCGUGUAUUAGAUUACAGAUCGGGUAUUGGAACCUCUAGCAGUGCCAUGACUUUGUUUUACUGCGAGGUAAACGAUGGUCUGAAAGUCUCGGAAGGUGGUGGCGUGGAAACCGAGGAAAUCCAGGUGGUGGAGCUGUCUGUGGAGGAGUCAAGGCAGCUGGUCCAGGCAGGAGCCAUCUCAAACGGCGGACCAUCCUGUCUAAUGGGAUUACUCUGGUUUUUUCUUAACAAGGCUCCCAAGACUUAA